AGACUGACGGACUGUAGAAUCAAUGUGGUUUUCGCCGAAGAGACGCGUGGCCCGAGACUCACCUAAACGUUGACACGUCUUGGGAGUGAUGCACUGGCUUCCCCUGGUUGCCAUGGUGAUCGCCUCGGCCCUGCCUUUCCCUCAAAGUCCUGUGCCCAGGCUUGUUGCCGCAAUGAAAGAGCCUGGCAGAAACGACAGCAGCAGCAGCAGCGUCCCGACCAACUCAUCAGUGGACCAUGACUCUUCUCACAACAACUACAGUACACAUGACAUAGCUCCUCACAGAACAGACGAUAAGCAGAGCACAUUUGAGGAGGACCAUAUAUCCAGAGGUAGAGCAAACCAAGAGAAUCUUCUAACAGAAGACAUUUUUGUCAAUAACCCAAAGCAGGACCACACAGGUGGAGGAAGGACUACCGGAGCAGAUGCCUCCAGGCCGCAUAAUCCUAGGAAAUACAAAUCACAAAAAAUAGCCAGUUCCCAAAGCAACGAUAUUCUCAAGGACUAUCAGCUUAAAAUUAGCCAGUUUCAUGAAGAAAGCAGUAUUGAGGCAGAGACUUUACUUGAAGACGACAGGAACGCAAGAAGUGAACUGAAAGACGGGCCUCUUGAAGGUCCGAACGUCUCUCUGCAGAGCCCUCCAGUGCAGGAACAUCUGGACGAAGCUCAGACAAAUGCGAAAGAGUUGCUGCAGCAAUCUGGAGGCUUUGGAGCAGAACCGGGCUUUGGGUUUGAUGACAUAGGCCUACGAGAAGAAGAUCAGCUGCUUUUGCUGGAUGCCCAUCCACGGGUACUCUUCUCCCCGGCCCUUUCCCCACCCAAACACCCGCCUCUGCUCUUAAUGCUGGAGUUGGGCUUAUUGGCCGAUGACGUUGAGGACGAGGAAAGUCACAUGAUGGAUGCUGCCACGUCUGGUCACGGAGGCGACAAAGACGCAUACAGAAACUUACUCUUGGGUCUCUCUGAUUCUGAUGGCCCGGUUCCAGGUGUCCGCCGCAAGCGGCAAGCCGCCCACAGCGCACAAGGCAUCGAACGCUCCGUAUGCGAGGCCGAAAGCGCGUGGGUGACCAACAAGAAGACGGCGGUGGACUUUCGGAGCAACACUGUCACUAUUCUGCAAGAGAUCCAGACCCAGACUGGGCCGCUCAAGCAGUAUUUCUAUGAAACAAAGUGCCAUUCAAAUAGGAAAGGUGAAGUGCAGGCGGUGGAGGGGGCCAGCUGCUUGGGGGUGGAUAAGAAACACUGGAUGAGCAGGUGCGAAACCAAGCAGUCGUACGUACGCGCGCUCACCUCGGAUGAAAACAAGAGGAUAGGAUGGAGGUGGAUCCGUAUUGACUCCUCCUGUGUUUGCGUGCUGCUCACUAGAGGAACGUACUACACUGAGAAGAAGUUGGAGAGGGGCAGAGUGCGAGAAGGCAGAAGUUACAGAUAGCUUGGACUGUCUGAACAAAGGAUUGACGCAGAGUUCAUGUGAAUAAAAGAGCGUUUAAGGGACUGUAUCUGUUCUGGUCCACUGUGUGGGGGAUAUUUCUUUUCCAGAUGUUCCUGCAUCGCACCUGACAAAACCUUAUCGCUGUACCCCAGUGUCUCGCUGAGGGAUGGUCAUGAAAAUCACCCUCAUGUUGCUCAAAACCUGUAUGAUUUAUUUUCUCCUGUGGAACACAAAUGGAUACAGUGGUGGAGUUUUUGGACACUAAGGCUGAUGAUACACGGGGCAACUUUUUGAGCAAUGUUGCAAUCAACGGACAACCAGGUGAG